UGCGCAUGCGUGGGAGGAGACUUUGGCGUCGCCCACGUCGCCUAGGUAACCGUGACCCGCUGGAGCCCUCAUGGCCUCGGGCCCUGGAGGGAGCUGGGGUCAGCCCCCACCGCUGAGUGCAGCCGGGACGGUGAGGGCUGAGCCGGCUUUUACUGGCGAGGCCUGGGGGCUUGGCCGAUUGGGGAGCCGUCCGUGGAGGGGCCGACCCCUGGAGGAAGUGGGGUGGGAGCAGAGAGCGACGCCAGCCGCAGAGGAGGAGACUCGGCCCUGGGUGACCGUCCUGCAGCCUGUCACAUGGGCCGUCCCACCGCCGCCCCCGCAGCCCGGCCGAGUGAAGGAAGACCUGCUGGAACUGAUGUCGCUGCAGAACGCGCAGACGCACCAGCUGCUGCUGAGUCGCCUGGUGGCAGCAGCGCUCCACCCGGGGCCAGCCUCUUGCCACCCGCAGGUCUACCUGGAGGGUCCACAGGAGGAGGAGGAGGAGGAGGAGGAGGAGAUGCAAGCCCAGGAGGAAGGGCCUUUGGUGUUUCAUCACCACUACCUGCCCUGCCCAAUGCCCGUGCUGGGCCCCUCGCUACCCUGGCCAGUCCCUUUCCUUUCCCUGCCCCCACAUCAGCCUCACUUGCAGGACACAUCCAGGAUUCAGCACUGCCCUCCUGCCUCUGGGAAAAGGAGGGGAAGAACCAUAACCGUGCCCCCACCCCCACCCCCCAGUGCCACAGGCACUGUGGGUGCGGAUGUACCCCCGGCUUCAGACUACUAUGAUGCCGAGAGCCUCCCGUGAGGACAGACAUUGGCCCUGGGACCCUGCCAGCUUCACCGCAGAGCUGGAAAGAGCCCUGGAGCCCCUAGGUGCCCCUCUAGUGCCUACGACUCUGCAGCCAUGCCUGGCAGCCCUCCCCCACUCCCUCAACCACAGCCAGGCCCUCUCCUGGGUGAAUCAAAACCUUCUUCACCACAUGGAGACCUUGAACUGGCCUCAUCUCUGCCCUGGAGCACAGACCCCUCCAAGCAUCAUCCAGGGCUGGGAAGCCGCCGGUGGGGGGGCCUGGGGGUCUGGGAACCAGAGCCCUCCCUCGCUCGACCUCCUCCACUCACCCCUAUGUGGGAGGGCCAGGGCUGUGGGGCCUUGGUGGCCUAAUGACAGAGCAGGAGGUAAGGGGAGGACUGCUUUUGUUGUCCACGGCUCUGAAGGCCUAGAGUGAUGGGAGAGAGGCCUGGUUCAGAGGGUCCUGGAGCUGAACCAGUUCCCUUGGACCCCACCCUUGCCCCAGGAAGCUGGCUCUUUUGGCAGAAAGAAGUCAGAGCCAUGUCCUGCUUGGGAGUGGCCUCAGGUCCCCCAGCGCCAAGUAGGAACAGAAGGUCUCUCUGCCCUCCUGGGCCAGGGCGUGUCUCCCCCACGUCCCUGUCCCUCGGGAGAAAUUAGUCACUCAGGGCUCCGCGACGAAGGGUGUCUGGUGCCUGGGCUGGUCAGCAUGGGGGCGCCCCAGGGCCUGGGCUGGUCAGCAUGGGGACGCCCCAGGGCCUGGGCUGGCUGGGGCUCUGGAAGGCCCCUGUGAAGGCGAGGGGGGAGGGAGGCUUAGGAGACCUCUGGGGAGAAGUCCAGGCCUGGUGGGUGCCUUUCCUGGCCGUGGAGUCCUAUCCCAGGAGAAGACAUGGAGGCACAGGGUUAAGUCCAGAUGUUUAUAUGCAGACUAGAAAAGGAAAUGACCCCGAUGUCCUCGGCUGCUUGUUACAGUCCUGUAGUCAGGGCUGGACCACGAUCCCGAGGAGUCGUGCUGAGUUCCAGGGGCUGCGGUGCUGGUGGCCGUGCCACUCAUGUAGGCUGUGCCCAGUCGGCCCGACUUCGGCCCUGCUUAAGCAUCCUGUACCCCGUAAGCGCCCAUCCGCCUCUGGCGCCAGUGUUGGCCCAAGACAAAGCACAGGAGGAUGGAUGUCACAAACAAGAACAGCAGCACCGACACGACAGAGAUGAUGACGACCAUCUGGUUGUCUGGCCUGGGCUCUGGGGAGGGAAGAGGGGGCAGUGGUCUCAGAAGUCCUCCGGUGCUCGAGGCCAGGGCCCACGGGGGAGGGGUCCGCCUGUCACCCGCCCACGCCUCAUCCAUCUUGCAGCCACCUGAGCUGCAGAGAUGAAGGGCUAAUGGUGUAGGAUCUCAGGGAAAGGUAGGCCAGGGUCCAGGCCACCGGCCCUUGGCAGCAGCGUAUGUAUGCUGGCCACCGUGGCCUGGACCGCGGUGUGGUCCCAGCCCAGCCCCGCCCUGGGCAGAGCUGAGUGAGCUUCUACCAAACUCUCUGAAGACAGGGAACACCUUGGCCAUCAAGAGUCACAGAACAGCAGAGCUCCAGGGGACCUCUGGGCCCAGCCUCUGAACGUAGAGAGGGGCCAUGGCCAGAGAGAGGGGGGUGACUUGGUCAAGGUCCCGAAGAGCAAGAGGGAAGCCCCGGGAUUCAGCGUGGGGUCCCUGGGUGCCUGCCCCCUGGGCUGGCGGAGGGCGCGCUGAGGGCUUUUUCUUCCCCUAAGGAACUGAAAGCGAAUGCCCUCUCCCACCCCUCCCAUCUGGGGGGCGCCCCUCACCAUAGACCUUGAGCAUCUGGGGCUCGGAGACACGGUGAACGAUGCCCCCGCCGAGAGACCGCAGAUCUAGGCGGGCGUGGCACGAGAAGUUGUGGUGGCCGUCUUCCCUGUGAGCCGUGCUGUUGUGUGUGGCUGUGGCCCCUCGGGUGCCACUGUCUCCCCUCGCAAAGGUCUUGUUGCACAGGGCCUCCUGGCCACGGAGCAGGGUGAGAGUGAGGCCCUCGAGGGGUUUCACAGCCGGCACGUGGCACUCGACGGUGAAGGAUCUCCCCACAGCCACCCACGCGGGCUGCAGCUUCAGCAGCACUUGCUUUGGAGGGUCUGCAGGGAAGGAGAAGGGAGGGCUGGUCAGGAUGGGGGUGCAGUCCCAGCAGCCCCCCCACCCUCCGGCCUGGCCCAUCCCCUGGCGCCACAGUGUUCUCAGGGCCUCGGCUGGACAUAGGGAGGAAGCGGGCUGGGGCCUGGCCUGCUCUAGAGCAUAGGGAGAGGACAGAGGAAGUAGUUCAGGGUGAAGGAUGGAUUGGCCGGGAGUUUUAUCAACAUGACGUUUUCUGGACUUGACAAGAAUGGAGGUGGCCAGGGGUCUACAAAGAGGAGGUCUAGAAAUUGUACAGCCAACCAGAAACAAAAAAAAAUGGAUCUGUCUCCUUCUCCAGAAAUCAAACACAAAUUUCCGUAUUAAACAGCUGGAUAAUUAUAUUGAGACUAAGAAGGGGGUGCUCACUGGAACUGGGUCAAGAGUUGUGGGGUCCCCACUUAAGGGGUGGGGGCUGGAGUCAGACCUGCCUUGCUUAGUUAGACCUGCCAUCCCUUAUCUAUUAAACGGGGUCCUCAGUGGUAUCAUGGAUUCCCUUUCGAGCUAGAAUACCUUGCCCCCAUCACCCCAAGGUAAUAUGUUGGAUUUAGAACAUCUUUCUAUUCACUUGAUCCACUGAUGCUGGUCAUGGGGAGGACCCAAGCCAUACCCUUGGUGCCGAGACGUUGAGAGAAUCCUGCCCUAUGGGGAGGUCUCCAUGGCCCGUGCACAGGUGCGUAUGGGUGAUGGUCACACAUUUGCCAGGGGCCCUCAGGAAUAUAAAAGCAGGGGCACAUGGGUGGCUCAGUCGGUUAAGCACCCAACUCUCAGUUUCUGCUCAGGUCG